CACCUUUGUUGCAUUUGAACAACUUCCAUCGUGAUUCUCACCAAGCAUAGCUUCAUAUUUGCAGGUGAGGGUUGAGCUUCUAUCUGCCAAUGGCAAAGCCACUGGUACGUCAAGGUAUCCACGUAUGCUUCGAUGCAAGAGCCAAACUCUCUGUUUCGCAGAAACCGUCAUCAACAGCAUUCCUCGCAUGACAGGUCACCGAUCCGAAUCCCAAGUUCUGAACGUCAAAAUGAAUGAAUCCACCGAAGGACUCGAGCCGACCACGUACAUGAAAGUGAUACUCGAACAACGAGCAGAAUUCCAACCCGGCGCAGGCAUCCCCGAAGUUUAUGCUGCAUCCGUUGCUCUCGAAUCCGAGCUCCCUCGCUUGAAACAGAUGAUUUGGAAUUGGAGGAGAACCAUUUUUGUAUGCAUCAGUAUCAUGUUGUCCCUUACUGAGUCGGUGACGGUCCUGGUGUUGUACAGAUCGAUGAUCACCCCUAAUGGGAUGCCAUGGAUUGGUUUAUUUAGUGAAAAAGUGGUUUCUCAAUCAAAAUUAAUGUCUUGGUAUAAAAUAAGCAGACAAGCAGUUAAAGAUGAUAGGUUGAAAGGGUUUAUUUUUUUCUUCAAGAAGAUGAAACAAAGGAAAUAACACGUUUUGAAUCUGAAUUAUUCAGCCAAUGUGUUCCGGUUGAUGACUAACACUUCAAGGUAAACCAAGAUGGUAUAAUCAAUAAUGUUGACAU